AUGGCGACCCGUGAAUUCUCCUUGUCUUUCGAGAUUACACCACCAACAGCAGUCCGCCCUGGGAUCCCUUUCACAAUCCCAGUGGUCAUUGCAGUAAAUCCAGUUGGGACACCCGCCCAGAACGUGCAGCAUCUUGUCGUUAGCGCCUCACUUCGCGAUGAAUCUGGCUCAGGAGCCGCUACAGGCCUGAGCGGCAGCCUCACGGCAAGCGUCCGCAGCCGAUCCGACAACGCAAUGAGCGGCUAUGCGAAAUUCAGCCCACUGACCAUCUCGCAACCGGGCAAGUUUCGACUGCGGGUGAUGCUUAGUGCGGCCUCCUAUGGGGGUGUCAUUACGAAGGAAUAUGUUGAUUCGACCGUCAUCCAUGUGCACGCCGGCGCGGCUGCCCAACGGCCAACUCCCACUCAAGUAGCAAGACUUCAACGGCUCACGACUGAAAACUUGGAUAUUUCUGCCGCCAACAUUGCUGCAUGGCAGGCCGCGUGA